UAGUGCAGCUGCAGCAGCGGGGAGAGGAUCUGCCAGCUGCCACCAACUUUAAACCCGUGUCUGUGCAAACUAAAGAAGGGGUUGUUACCUCUGCUACUCGGCGCCCAACCAAAGGGGAUGCCCUUCUGCCACAAUCAUGUGUUGAUGAUGGUAAGGACGCCACGGAAGAUUAAAGCAAUCGCGUUUCGCCAUCGCAUCGGAUGAGUCUGUUGCUGCGACUAGGAUGUGGCCGGGGUUGCGUGGCAGUGAUGCGGCAUCCGUAGCUGUGAUCUCAUCCCGGAGCUUGAACAUGCUACAGCCGGGCUGGUCAGAGCUGUAGAAGAAAUCCAAAGUAACUAGACUUCCAGGAAGUACCUCAAGCGGUGACUCUCCUUUAUUGACUUACUCAACACUUCAGCUGUUAACACGCCAAGAAGUCCCGAGACGAAGGAGCUGCCGCGCCGGUGUUUGAUUAAGGAACCAACUAGGACGACAAAGUUGUGUUUUCCCCCCCGUUUUUGAACAGAGGCGCCAUAUACCGUAUGCAUUUUUAAAAACGCUCAAGCUAUUCAAGAUGGAAGAUGAGGUCUUCGAGCAGAUCAUUUCUGUGCUUAACCAGCUGGUGUCCUGGAUCGCUGCUGGGGCCAUGAUGUUUGGAGGUGUGGUACCUUACAUCCCGCAGUACAGGGACAUCCGGAGGAGCCAGAACGCCGAGGGGUUUUCGACCUACGUGUGUCUCGUCUUACUGGUGGCCAAUAUUUUAAGGAUUCUCUUUUGGUUUGGGAGGUAUUUUGAGACACCUCUGUUGUGGCAGAGCAUAAUCAUGAUUGUGACCAUGCUGGUGAUGCUCAACCUCUGUACAGGCGUGCGGGUGGCUACAGAAAACAACACCAAGAGGCGCUCCUUCUUAGCAACAGACAGUAAGGAUGAAGAGAUCAAAGUCCCUAAGAGACUCUUUCUGGAUUUUGAUUGGAAGUACUUCUGGCUGUGGAGCGGGUUUGUAGACUAUCUGCAGUGCGUGCUGGCAUUCACUGCUGUAGCUGCAUACAUAACCUACCUCUUCCUGGACUCUAUUCUCUUUGUGGAAGCGCUGGGCUUCCUGGCUGUGUUCACCGAGGCCAUGCUGGGGACCCCUCAACUCUACCGCAAUUACCAAAACAAGUCCACAGAGGGCAUGAGCAUCAAGAUGGUGUGCAUGUGGACCAGCGGAGACACCUUUAAAACCGGGUACUUCUUGGUGAACCAGGCGCCGAUCCAGUUCUGGAUCUGCGGGUUGCUUCAGGUCUUCGUGGAUCUUGCCAUCCUCUUCCAGGUCUACUACUACAGCCGCUACCCCCAGAAGCCAGUCUCGCACGCUGUGCACCCCUCCAGCGCCAAGGCGCUCUGAGCCAGCCGUUGGCACAGCUGUGGAGCUGAGUGGAUAUUUGUACGACUCGUUUUCAAACACAAAAACAGACUUUUUUUAAAUAUGGAGAACUGGGAUAAGAAUGUCUUUCCAGCUGUUAUUUAUAUUUUUAUACACUCAUGUUGUACGCCCACGCGAAGGUUUGUAUUCCUGAAACUGGCACAAGACGUUACAUGAUUGUUGCAUGUAGACCUUUGCCUUACUGUUGGACAAGGGCUGAGGAAGUUGAGAGCAUUAUGGGGGAGAAAAGCACAGGCUGAUGAAGCCUCUUUUUCUUUUUCUUGGGGGUAAAGACUGAUGAAGACAUGAAGUCUUCCAUGAAUGUACAACUUCACUAAUCUUUAACCAUGUCUGUUACACAGAACAAUAAAACAGGGGGCGCACUAGUAAAAACUCCAAGUACAAUUCGUUGUUUAGUGGAGACACAAAAAAAAGACGGCAAAAGAUUAAUGCAAAUUUUAGUGGGGAAAAGAUGUACCUAAGCGCACACUACUAUACCAAAAACAUACAGAUUGAGUGUUAGAAAUGGAUUAGUGUCAGGGUGGGAGUCUUGAAUGGAUACUGUUUCUUGGUGUGCAUGCUUUCCGGGCUUGUUGUGAAACCUCCUACACAAGAGGGCCCGAAGCAGUGACAUCUGCCACCUAGAAGAUUUUUUCUUGCGCAGAGUGGUACUUUUGAAGACAGAUGCAGCAUGAAAGUUGCUUACUGUCCUGUCUUCCAUGGAAGUUUUGUUGCAUUGAGCUUACCUCACCAAGAGGGCAUCUGACUUCCACGCCCAAUCUCGAAUGAGCUGCUGUGGGGACGACUCGGCGUUUCAUGCCAGUAUCGAGAGAUGACUCAGUGCCAGUUCCUUUUUCAUUGCCAAAGUGGCAAAGGCUGUCCCUUCAGAGGUGAAUUGUUUCAGUAGAAUAAUGAAGACCCAGGGUCAUGUGUCCAGGCCAGUCAUCUUUAUUGCUUUCAGUGCUUGAGGCUAAACUGGAGAUAGAAAGUGCACUGGCUGUAAGGGAAUUGAACUUCGGUGAUAAUGGAGUAUUCUGCCCUCAGUAUAUGAGAAACAUUCCAGGCUGAAUUAAUUCAUAAGUAAAACAGCCAUGGGGCAUUACCUUUCUAGAAGGCUCCCCCACAACCUACACACAUACUCCACCGGGCAUAGUGCAUGAGGAGAAAUCAAACUUAAUUCUUGCCAGUCUGCUCCCGAGAGACAGUGGUGUCCUUUAAAAGAUGGAACAUGGUGAAAUCUUCAGAACUCGCACGUCUCUUCCACAGUAUAGAUACACUAUGCAUUUCUCCUCUCUCCUUGUCAGACAAUGUCAAAAUCCUCUUAUUAGCUGUCUAAGCUCCCGAGCUGAAGUGAUUUCAGUGUGUGUUGAAUGUCAGUCCACAGCUACACAAAGCACACAAAGUGAGAGUUGCGGCUAUUCCAAAGCCUGAAUUCGGACUGAGGACUUUGCAGGAAGUGGGGGAGGGGGGGUCACUCUGUCUGUCCUCUGUGAAGAUGAAGCACAAGCCAUAAUAGAGAGUUCUCAUAACAGAGUCUUCUCAAGCGUUUGGUGCCCAAAAAGGUGUUGGAGUUGUCUGUACAUGUGUGAUUAUGAAACGUUGUUUACUGUGAGGUUUCACUUGAGUUCAAUUUUAUAUGGGCAUUACAUCCCUGUGAUAACAGUACUGAAGGUAUGAGGAAUUGAAGCAGACUUACACUCAGUAGAGCACUGUCUUUCCCUGAAGUAUUUAUCAAGUGGUGAUGCAAGAUGUACAUGGUAGUACAGUAUGUAGCACAUAUGUACCAUGUUGUUGUUUCUCCUCUUCAAGUCUGCAAGCUUUUCUUUCUUGGGAUGUAAUUAAGUGGUCAACCUUGUUCUGGAGAGUCACAGUUGUGCAGAUUCUGCAAGUGUUUUUAAAACAUUAAUCAAGCACUUCCUGCUACAAAUAUCCCACAAGGAACAGGUCAGCCUGUUCAUCUACGGCUGGUGUCAUUAUGACCCUUGUAGAAAUUAAUCUGGAGUUGUUUUUGCUUUGUGUAAUAAAUUGUUUAAAUACUUACUAGACAAUGACGCAUAUUCCAAGUUUAUUGAAUGAUCAUCCUAGCAAAUUAUACAUUUUUUAUUAUAGAUUAAGUUAAAUCUGUGUCAGCAGCUCUAUAGUUAUUUCAAUAAGUCUUAAAGAAGCAAAUAUCCUUAUCCUUAAGACAUAGGGUGGCAGUGCUCAGGCCUGCAUCCUUAUGAAAACUGCAGUUCAAUUGUGAAGAGCUUGUGUCUGUUUGCUUGUUGAAGUAAGAGAUUGUACAGCAGGUUUCUUCUCUGGCAAUUGCUAAAAAAGCAGGAAUCCUAGAAUUCCCAUUUUCCGACUUUAUCAACCAAAGAUGUGGAUUAGUGCAGGGUUUCUCAGUCCUGGUCCUGUGUAACCCUUGUCUUCUGGUUGUAAAUCAUCUGAGUUCUUACUCACAGGCUAAUUGAUUUCAUUUUUCUGUUUGGGGCCUUUCUUUAAAAAGAAAGAGAGAUUUGUAAUUCAUAUAAACCUUGUGCUAAUGAGCACGUUUCAGAAGUCCUUUUUUCAGGUAUACGAGAUGAAAUGUAAUGCAAUUAAUUGGACUCGGGCAGAAGGAAAAACACGGCCUGCCUGUGGGCAGGUCUGACACUGUUAUUCCCACCCGUGGGCAAGUCUGAUAGUGUCAAUCCCACCUGUGUCUCUUCAUCAUCAAUUUAUCUCCUGUGAAGAGCUGUUUAGAGAAAAGUCUUAUUUAGCAUACAGAAUGUUAUGCAUUUUCUCCUCAACUUGCUAAUGUUGUUGAAAAUAAUGUACUUUAACUGGGGUAGUUUUUAAAUCAAGGCCUGAAUGCAAAAAUAAAGUCUAACCCAGCAAUCAGAUCAGUUAUCCUUGGUGAUUAAGGGCUCAGUUGGCACAUGAACAGCAGGGACCAGGUCUGAGAGCCACUCAUGGAUUUAUGGAAUGUAGAAGUACUCAGGAAAAGUUGGGACUUGUUUAGAUGAAUGAGAGAAAUGAUUAAUCAAGCUGCAUUUUUUACCUUGGGUGAUAAUUGGUCCCAUUUCUAAAUGUUCGUACUAUUCCUUUUUUUGUCCGUGUGGGAUAGACCCACUUGGUUUAAAAUCUCUUCCUUCUUCAUUCAUCUGCUGUGCUGCUUCUCUUCCUGAGGAACAUCCUGUUUGACAGAACCAGACAUUGAAUACCUGCCAAAACCUCUGUCAUGGGUGUCAGGCUCUACAAGUGUGAAUGGGAUGAAUGGCUCAAAGAUGAUGUAAAAUUAUACACUACAUACAUCUUUGUAAAUUGCCUUAUACUCUCGUUUCUGGUCCUAUGGGGUAACUGACACGAACUAUAGACUCCGAACUGGGCUGUAGGUCAGCUCUAUAGAGGUCAGAUCCUUGUCCUGUAUUACUGUAGGUGUGUUAAGCCCAGAAUAUGGUACUGUACCUACAGUACCGUUAAGUAAAAUGUGAUGUGGGUAUUUUUUUUCUUUUUACCUUUAUUCAAAUUUAUACUGUCCUUUUUUUUUAAAGUAUAUUGUAUAUGUACUGUUUAGCAAAUUCUGUGUGGAUUGAAAUAUUUAUAGAAAAAGGCCAAAAGGAGUUUUGAUGUUCUAUUUAACAUACAGUUGUUUGCCAAUGCAUUACAAAUAGCUUAUAGUCAGUUGUAAUGAUUUUCACUUAAUUUUAACAUCACUUUAGAGUACUCUGAAUUAAAUUCUGCAUGGCAGCAAAAUUGCGUGUUCAACUCUGAUCAGUCCUUUUAUUAAUUUAAUUCAAAACUAUAGGAAUGCAUUUCUCUGAUGUUCUAUUAUUGUAUAUCUUACUCAUGACAUGAUACAUUCAGUCACAUACAUUUUAAAUUGGAGAAUUGCAAGUCAAGUUGUUUUUAAUGCAAGUUACUAGUUAGAAAAGGUGCCCUUGUCAGUAUUAAACUCAAUGAUUAUUCUGUUCUAUUUAUAUUCUUUUUGUCCUUUGACUGUUUCUUUACAUGGCUGUUUUGUUGUGUGACAUUUUAUGGGGUUCACUUUAUAAUUGUCUUGUAUUUGUGUUUUACAAAAAGGUCAGUGCUUAACAAUCUGGACAGCACCAUUUUGUUUAAAAAAAACUGCCACAUCAGAUGGUUUUUAUACCAAAAUUUAAUACAAGGAAAGACAUAUUUACGUAAGAGAUGGUAAAAGUUGUUUAAUAAAACUGAACAUUACA